AUGGAGAAUGAGGAGAAGGAGAAGGAAUUAAUAAAAAAAUCAAAGUUGAAGAGGAUAUGUGUGUUCUGCGGGAGUAGCCCAGGGAACAAGACCAUCUAUAAAGAUGCCGCCAUUCAACUUGGAAAAGAGCUAGUAUGUAGGAACAUUGAUUUGGUGUACGGAGGUGGAAGUCUUGGUCUCAUGGGUUUAGUGUCUAAAGCUGUUCACGAUGGCGGCCGACAUGUUCUUGGAGUGAUUCCCAAGACACUCAUGGCAAGAGAGAUAACAGGAGAGACGGUUGGUGAAGUGAAGACAGUAGCAAACAUGCAUCAAAGAAAAACUGAGAUGGCCACUCAUUCUGAUGCCUUCAUCGCUUUGCCUGGUGGUUAUGGAACUCUUGAGGAGCUGCUUGAAGUCAUAACUUGGGCUCAACUUGGAAUCCAUGAUAAACCUGUUGGAGUGCUUAAUGUUGAUGGGUACUACAACUCGUUAUUGUCAUUCAUGGACAAGGCAGUUGAGGAAGGGUUUAUCACUCCCACUGCACGCCAUAUCAUUGUCUCAACUCCUAAUCCAGCCACCUUGUUACAACUAUUGGAGGAGUAUACUCCCCGGCAUGAGCGAGUUGCAUCCCAGCACAAGUGGAAGAUGGAUGAAUGAUGAUGAUGAUAAUAUAUAAACUUAAUUAAUUAC